UGCACAUUUUGUUUAUUUUCAACAGUUCUCUGACACAGGCAGCAGAAAAGAGCAUGUUAAAAUCACAAGUGAGCCCAAACCAGGGUUCCUGGAGCGGCUCAGUGAGACUUCUGCAGGCAUGUUGAUUGGACUUGUGACAUUUCUUCUGGCUUUCUACCUUCUUUUUACCAAUGAAGGACGAGCUGUCAGGACAGCCAAGUCUCUCGAGGAGGGGCUUUCUAUUGUGAUCCCUCUUGACAGCAUCCACAGUAUCUCUCAGCAGAAUGAGGGGAGACUGGUGCACUUGGCUGGAGCUCUGAGUACAUCUAAGCCUUUGUUUGACCCCAGCUAUGGGCUCUCCAUCCAAGCUGUCAAACUUAAGCGUAACGUGGAAAUGUACCAGUGGGUAGAAUAUGAAGAUUCCAAGGAAUAUGAGGAAAAUGGUGAGAUUAAGAAAGAGACAACAUAUUCAUACAAUACAGAGUGGAAAUCAGAAAUUGUGAACAGCAGAAACUUUGAUCGAGAAAUUGGACACAAGAACCCAAGUGCCAUGGCUGUGGAGUCUUUCACUGCUGUUUCUCCUAAUGUCCAGGUUGGCAGCUUUUUUCUUUCCAAGGGUCUUGUGGAUAAAAUUGAUGAUUUCAAGCAGUUGAGCUUAUCACACCUGGAGGAUCCCCAUGCUGAUGUUACCCGAGGAGGAGAUUACUUCUAUCACAGCGACAAUCCCAGGCGUCCAGAAGUUGGAGACCUUCGUGUCUCUUUCUUCUAUGCAGGUCUGAGUGGAGUUGAUCCCCGGUUGGGCUCUGCUGAUAAGGUGACUGUGAUUGCUCGGCAGCGAGGUGAUCAGCUGGUUCCUUAUCCUACCAAGUCUGGAGAUGUUCUGGAGAUUCUCUACCCUGGGGACCUCUCUGUGGAGGAGGUAUUUCAGAAGGAGCAUGAGAGUAACACCAUGAAGACCUGGGCACUCCGUGCAGCUGGCUGGUUCUCAAUGUUUGUGGGCAUCAGCCUGAUGACCCGAAUCUUUUACACAUUAGUGGACUGGUUUCCUAUUGUGAGGGACCUGGUUAAUGUUGGCUUGAAGAUGUUUGCCCUGUGUGUGGCCAGCUCGCUGUCCCUGCUGACCAUCUCUGUGGGCUGGCUCUUCUACCGCCCGCUCUGGGCCCUGCUCCUCGCGCUGCUCUCCAUAGUCCCCAUCGUGGUGGCCAGGUCCCGUGUUCCGUCCAAGAAGCAGCAGUGACGAGGAGGUGGUCAGGUCUUGAACUGAGUCCUGGUUAGAACCUUCCCAAGUGCAUUUCUGCCCGGUUCCUGCAGCAAGCUUACAGCAAAUCACAGCUCAGCAGUGAGCACUGAAAGCUGGGGAGGGGGCCUUGGUGUGAUUUUUGGUACACGUUAGCCAUGGGACUAUAGGAUGCUGUUUGUGGGAAGUCAGUGACGCCAGCUGUGCAGAAAAAAGCAUUCUGGGUAAGUAACUGAACAAGCAGAUUUGUACCUCUUAACUGCUUAGCAGUUUCUCCUGAUUUGAGAACAACUGGCAAGUCCUUGCUGGGUGGGGCACCUUGUGUGUUUUGGAGAAAGUGCCAGCUGCAUCCCAUGGACCCUGGUUAGAUAUCCUUAGGAAAUAACGUGUGUCUGCCUGUCUCUGACAAACCCUCCCUCUGCUGCCUUUUCUUGUUUGCACAGUCAGGAACACUCCUAUGGCUGAUGUGUUUGGUAGUGCAUGUGUUCAAAGGGAAAACAUGGCUUAGGUGAAUUCAACACAAUAUUCAUGUAAACCCUCUGAUUCUGGACUGAGGAUUUUCAAAGUCAUUGAUGUAAUGAGUGGCCAGGUUAGCGGUGCUCUGAGGUUGGGCAGAUUUAUCAGAGCACAUUGAUUUCCCCCAGGUUCUAAGUGUCUGAAAUUGUUCUUGGUUAAGCAUCCAAAAUGAUAGCCUGGACCAUAUCAUUGCAAGCUGUUUCAAAAAUUUCACUUCAAAUUGCACUUAAAGGGAUGCUCAGAGGUCAUUCACCUGUAAAUAUAAAACUUACUGCCUUGAAACAACAUUGACUUUUGUAAGUGAAUGGGUAUUCUUUAAAAUAGUUGGGGUUUUUUGCUCUGUAUACUGUUCCUUUCUUUAACUUCACUUAGUAAGGAUGAUGACAGUACUCUGUGAAAUUAAGAAAUGGAAGCAUUUUUGCCUGUUUAGUUUCAUAUAUUUUUGUAGCCUAAAUUGUUAGUUUUGUAUCAAUAGAGGAAUGCCUUGUA